GCAAGCCUUUGGUCCCUUGCAUCUUCGGAUGUGGUCGCCGUCUAUUCGCUGCAGCGCCAUGGUGCUCGAAACGUGCUUGCGAAAGGCAUCCUCCUCCAGGAAAGCAACUUGGCCGGAGGGCCUACUCUUUUGCCGCAAGGACAGCGUCAAACGUACAAUGCAGGCGUGGCUUUCCGUAAUCGAUACCUUAACACCACCACCUGUGCCGCAACGUCUACAUGUCUGGCUGGUGCGACCGACGCCAGCGGCAACGCGAUGUACGGCGUGUACGGCCAAUCAGGGGCCACGUUCGGCAACUGGAACGUCUACCUGCGCAGCAGUGCCAUGGACCGAGCCAUCCUGUCCGGCUUGUGCUUCUUCAACGGGAUCUUCCCGGCUGACCCCGCCGCCGCCGCCUCCACCAGCACCUACCUGCCCACCGGGGCGCAGAUGGUCCCGAUCUACACCCAGUCCGACUCGGAGGACCUGCUCAUCCGCGCCUACACCAAGUGUAACGCCUACCAGUCGGCCCUGGACACCUGGUUUCGGGGCGCCGAGUUCGCGUCCAAGUCCGCCGAGUCGUUCGAUCUGCGGCAGCAGGUGGCUGCGGCGAUGCCGGAUGUGGACACGCAGCUGGCUAACUGGUGGAAGACGCCAACAUGCCGGUCUGCCUGCCUGGUGUGGUGUACGGCAGGUGGAAUGUGUACGACGCGAUCAACGUGUACCGCACGUACGGCGUGGGCAGCCCCACACCCACCUUCAACGACACCAUGUUUGCCAAGAUCCAGCAGCUGGCCUACUGGCUGGAGACCGCCAAGAUGCGCUCCAACCUCACCUCCAACCUGCUGGGCGGGGUGCCGCUGGCGGACCUAGCCGCCUACCUGCAGGCGGCGGCGGCGGCAGCCGCGGCGGGGUCCCCGGUGUACUACAAGCUGCUGUCGCUGUCGGGCCACUACAACACGCAGCUGGGGGUGCUGGCGGCGCUGCAGCUCGACACCUGGGCGCCCGCCGCCAGCUUCACCUGGUUCGGCAGCAUCCCCAAACUGGCAGCUGUCAUGGCCUUUGAACUGCAUGCCGUCCGCCCUUCCUCAUCUUCCUCCUCAUCCUCAACUUCGCCUGCUUUCUACGUGCGGCUAGUGGCGCAGGACGGCCCCUCCGCAGCCUACACCACCAUUCCCCUGCCCUGCGCCUCAGACGCCGCGACUGCAGCGGUGGGCGCAGGCGCCUGCGGACUGCAGGAGUUUCUGUCUUAUGUUUCUGUACGGGCCCUGAACACCACACAAUGGUGUACGGCAUGCGGCAACACGGAUGUAACGGCUUGCCAGUUGGCUACAGCGCUGCAGCAAGUACGGCAGCUUUCAUCGGAUGGACAGCAGGAAGGACUACAGAGCUCAGGAUCUGGAUCUCGUAAUGCUCGUACGGAAUCGUGGAAGAUUGCCGUAUCUGUGGUUGUGACGUUUGUGGGAACGGUGCUGUUGAUUGCGUUGGGAGUGGCUGUGUGGGCGUGGCGGUGGCGAGAACUGACGGUAUCGGGAAGCGGGAGCAGCGGCAAUAAAGGGGCUGAGGGACCCAUGGGUCACCAGGGGCAUGAGCUAGCCUUCACGCACCUGCAUGGCGGGGCGGUUGGGACCUCUGUGUGAUCGUGGUGGUUAGGUACCGGUAAACCACCGUUAGAUGGGGUACGACGUUUCCUGACGCACUGUGAGCGACUCUUUUUUGGCAUUUGUGCAAAGUGCAUGCGAGAGUGGUGUGAGAUUAGCAUUGGGGUGCAGCGUGCAUGACAUGUGCAUUGACAUAGCAUGGCAGCGUUGUGUGUAUUAAGCCGAGUGGGCCGCGUGACAAGACUCGCCAUAGUGUUUGACUUGGAAAACGCACUGGCGGCCAAACGUUGUGAGUACAAGCGGGUACGGAGGUCUGGGCAUGGGUUAGGACAUGCAGUAGCAGAUGCUUGACAGUGGGAUUACCAAGCAUUGAAUACCGUAAUGUGUCCCAGCUGGUGUCAGAGGGUGGUUUGCUUUCCACGGUAGGCAGCGGCAUCACGACGGGAACUGCGGCAUUGUUGUGUGAGUGCGAGCGGUGUUGGCUUACUAUGUUUGCAUUCAUACCCAUUUACAGCCCUGGACGUAUUUGUAUUUGCGUUGCGAACUACCGUAUGACUGCACUUCAGCGAGAACUGUGGCAGGGAUAUUGCAGGAAGGCGGAAGGAAGCUUAACAACGUGUAUUUCAGGGUCACGAAGGGUCGGCGCCUUUUGCACGGGUGACUACGGUUCCAAGUCUUGGGUUAUGG